AUGGCAUAUGUCCAGCAAAAGGCUAUCCAACAUGCCCCUCACCACCAUCAUAAUCACCACCAUGAAGAUGCAAAGUAUCUGUCUUCUUCCAUGCCAACGUCUUUAGGUUUGAAUGGAUAUCAACCCAGACAUCAAAGACAGAACUCCAACUCGGCGGCCAACGGAAGUUCCGCCUCAAGUUCAUCCACAGGUGUGCCAUCGGGAAUCUCGCCAUCUCCCACAUCAAGUCCAAGUCCUACCAUUCCUUCACAACAACCUCCCAGCCAACAGCAGUCUUCUGCUGCUAAUGCUGCACUUCCCAGUGUUCCUUACUACAAAUUAGCAGUUCAUAAUUCAUCUUCGCAACAGAUCCCCAACUCUCCACAAUCCAAUCCUCAUCAGUCCGGUUUAGGUGCUGCGGGAUCUCCACAGAACUUCCCCACUCUCUCGAGGAAAUUUGUCGCUAGACGUAUUUCCGAGGGAGAAACCGGUCGUCUCAAGGAAGAACUCAAAUGUCAAGCCUGUGGAAAGGGAUAUAAACAUGUCUCUUCCCUUGCUAAGCAUUUAUGGGAACACACUCCUGAAUGGAAUGUUACCUCAAAACUGCUCAUUUCCAAGCACCAACAAGUACAGCUUUUAGAAGCCGCUUCGAUUCUGGUGUCUAUGAAUGAAGAAGACGAAGAGGAAGAAGAUCAAGGCCAUGUUCCUACUUUUGACUUCUCCAGAGGCUCGUACUUGGGUAAAUCCACCAACAGCUACUUUACCCAUCCAAGCCCACCCCCUGGAUCCAAUGGUUCCGGUUCAAAGGUUGCUGCUGCCAACGGUUUUGCUAAUGGUUUUGCCAAUGGCAUCAACGGAGUCAACGGAGUCAACGGUGUGAACAGUGUCAACGGAGUCACUGGAGUCAACGGAGCUACUAACGGAUACUACACCUCCUCCGGAACUGCUUUGACUCCUCCACCAACAAGUGGAUCCAACAGUUCGAGCGGUACCCCUACUUUGGAACCCACCAGCAGCUCGAAUGCCGUACCAGGAGCCGAAUCCAAUGGAGCUAACUACAAUUCCGACUCUUCACCCUCUCCAUCUGCCUCUGGCAACAACAACGCUGCAGUCCCUGUUCCUAGUAUACCCAUUUCUUCCUCAACCCGUGCUAUUUCCAAACACACUUCGACAGCCGCUGCUUCCUCACUUCACUAUGCGAGAAGAUCCUCUAUUGUAUCGGCAGCUUACCCACCUUCUUCAGCUCGAAGAGGAUCCAUCCCGAACGUCUCGUUCACUCCUUCGUCACCGGGAGUUCCCUCUUCCCUUACUCAACGAGCAUCUGCCGCCAGUCUGUCGAAAUCCCCCAUUGUGACCGACUCGCUCUUCAACAGCGAUUACAGCCACUCUCACAAACUCAACGACGAGUACGAGAUGCUCGCGACCCCCUACCGCUCGAGACGCCUGUCUCACAUGAGAAGAUCUCGCGGCGACAUAUUUAAUGACAACCCGUCUCCUCCAGAAGACCACGACGACGAUAAGGCCCACAGUCACUCCAACGGCGACGAGUCGAACUCUGGUGUAUUUGGCGACAUGGACGAUUAA